AAAGCGAGGGGGGAGCUCAGUUUGACAACACAUCUGCAGUCCAUCUGCGCCAGCACAAACCUGUUUCUUCCAACUAACUGAGGAAUCACAGUUUUGUUAAAUCCACACAGAGGGGUGGAGGGGGAUCCCAUUUAGUUAGACCCAAGAAAAAUCCCAUUUCAAAUUCCACAGCCGCAUAUCUCUGACGUUACUGGUGACAAGAGGAUACCAGCGAUGCCCGGUUCUCCCAUGGAAGUGAAGAUUCACUCCAGAUCCUCUCCUCCGAGCAUGGCUCCUCUGCCACCAGUGAACCCCAGCGGGCCCAGGCCUGUCUCCUUCCCACCAUCAACACUCACCAAUGGCAUUAAUCACUCUCCGCCCUCCCUGAAUGGAGCUCCUUCUCCUCCUCAACGUUCCAGCAACGGUCCUUCGUCUUCAUCCUCCUCUUCACUUGCCAAUCAGCAGCUCCCUGCCACCUGUGGCGUCAGACAACUGAGCAAACUUAAAAGGUUUCUUACGACCUUGCAGCAAUUUGGCAAUGACAUCUCCCCCGAAAUAGGAGAGAAAGUCCGAACUCUUGUCCUGGCCCUGGUGAAUUCAACAGUGACCAUCGAGGAGUUUCACUGUAAGCUGCAAGAAGCCACCAAUUUUCCACUGCGUCCUUUUGUCAUCCCAUUUCUAAAGGCGAACUUACCACUUCUCCAGCGGGAAUUGCUGCAUUGUGCCCGUGCUGCCAAGCAGACUCCUUCCCAGUACUUGGCUCAACAUGAACAUAUUCUCCUCAACACCAACACAUCUUCUCCAUCUGACUCCUCUGAAUUACUAAUAGAGGUCAAUGGAAAUGGAAAGAGACACAGUCCAGAGAGGAGAGAAGAUAAUGUCUUUGAGAGAGACCCUCUUCCACCUGAACCUCCUGUUAAAAGGGUGUGCACUAUUAGCCCUGCACCCAGGCACAGUCCGGCCUUGUCUCUGCCGCUUCUGAAUGCUACCAGCCAAUUCCACCCCACGCCACCUCCUCUACAGCACUAUACUUUGGAAGAUAUACCUGGCUCACAACUGUACCGGGACAACAUGGGCAAAAUAGGAGACCACAGAGAUUUGAGAGAGCGGCACCAAAUCAUGGGUAUGAAUGGGAAUUUAAAUAAUAGCUUUCAAGAAGAGCUUGUGGAUCAUCGACUGACUGAGAGGGAGUGGGCUGAAGAAUGGAAGCAUUUGGAUCAUGCGCUCAACUGCAUCAUGGAGAUGGUCGAAAAGACAAAGCGAUCCAUGGCUGUAUUACGAAGGUGUCAGGAAGUGGACAAGGAUGAACUUAACUACUUAAGGAGGAGAUGUAAUGAGUCUGCUGAGCUCAGGAAGGGAAGUGGCCACAACAGCAGACAACACAGUCCAACCAGCACAGACUCCGGAAGCAGUGAUUCUCAGCGUGAUUUCGGCAGCAGAACAGGAGCAGGCUAUGUUACUGAUGAGAUCUGGAGGAAAGCAGGUACACGAUGUCUUCUAUCUUCUGGGGACAAAGCAGCCAGAGAGGAGGCUGUCAAUGAGGUGAAGCGUCAGGCUAUGUCAGAGGUCCAGAAAGCGGUGUCUGAGGCUGAACAGAAAGCAUUUGAGAUGAUUGCAUCAGAGAGAGCCAGGAUGGAGCAGACCAUCGCGGAUGCCAAGCGGAGAGCUACAGAAGAUGCAUUUUCAGUGGUCAAUGAGCAGGAGGAAUCCACAGAGAGUUGCUGGAAUUGUGGUCGUAAGGCGAGUGAGACUUGUAGUGGGUGUAACAUUGCUCGAUAUUGUGGCUCAUUCUGCCAGCACAAGGAUUGGGAGAAGCACCAUCGUAUCUGUGGGCAGAAUGUGCACAGUCAGGCCAAACCUUUGACCCCUGUACGGUCUUUGAUUCCUAAACCCUCCGACCCGGUUCUGCUGAGUCCCACCUUGGAGAGGUCAUCAAGUGCAACAUCACGUUCUUCCACUCCAGCAUCCAUUACCGCGGUGGACGGCCUGUAAACAAGGGCACUGCUUAUCUGCGUUGUUUUGUCUCUUCAGAGGAUGAAUGUUAAAUGAAUAAAGUCCCGAGAUUAAUCUGUAGCUGACCCCAAAAAACAGAGGAGCAAAAGGGGUCUUAAAGAAACCAAACUGAGAAGCAUUUUGCCUACCAUGAUGAGAGUAACUUACCCAAAGGCAUUCAGAAUAUUAUAAUAAACAAAGAAUAUACUUUCUGGUGACUUUGGAAAAAAAAAAAAAAUUUGGACUACAACAGAUUCAUCUUGUUAUUAUCGAUUUAAAAGAAUGUUACAUUCUAUCAGCAUAAAUUGUGACGAUCAUACUAGCCUUUGGUUCUAUCUGCAAGGUUCUUCCUAUUCCCUUUCUCUGGGUCUGGAGAAAGAAAGAUUUUCAAAGCUGAAAAUGUUUGCUCUUAUACACAUAAACUAUAGACAUUACUAUUGUAAGAUGGCAACAACAAUCGCAACACAUCAAAUCACUUUGCAUGAUUUUUUUUUCCUUGUUUUUUUAUUUUUUAU